UAUUACCCGUCAUUAGCUGCACGAGUCGGUGAAUUCGCUCCUCCUCUGUCUCUCGGCUUUGUACUCAGAGCUGAACCCACGCCGCGGCUACCUUAUUCAGGAUACAGGAGCUGCUAAACAUCGGAAAAUGGCCCUCCACGUUCCCAAAGCUCCGGGCUUUGCCCAAAUGUUGAAGGAUGGCGCCAAGCACUAUUCAGGACUUGAAGAGGCAAUCUUUCGUAAUAUCAAAGCCUGUAAAGAGCUUUCUCAGACCACACGUACUGCUUAUGGCCCAAACGGAAUGAACAAAAUGGUCAUCAACCACUUGGAGAAGCUGUUUGUCACCAAUGACGCAGCAACAAUUCUCAGAGAGCUUGAGGUGCAGCAUCCAGCAGCCAAAAUGAUUGUGAUGGCAUCCCAUAUGCAAGAGCAGGAAGUUGGGGAUGGUACAAACUUUGUCUUGGUGUUUGCUGGAGCUCUGAUGGAACAGGCCGAGGAGCUGCUCAGAAUGGGCCUGUCUGUGUCAGAGAUUAUUGAAGGCUAUGAGCAAGCAUGUAAAAAGGCUCUGGAGAUCCUGCCAGACUGCGUAUGUUCCUCAGCCAAGAACCUCCAUGAUGUUAACGAGGCCACAUCUCUGAUCCGUACAGCAGUCAUGAGUAAACAGUAUGGCAAUGAAGACUUCCUUGCCAACCUCAUUGCAAAGGCCUGUGUAUCCGUCUUCCCGGAGUCUGGCAAUUUCAAUGUUGAUAACGUCAGAGUAUGCAAGAUUUUGGGCUGUGGGGUGACUGCAUCUAAUGUGCUACAUGGGAUGGUUUUUAAGAAAGAGGCAGAGGGAGAUGUCACAUCUGUUAAAGAUGCCAAGAUCGCUGUCUUCUCCUGCCCCUUUGACUGCAUGGUGACAGAGACCAAGGGCACGGUUUUGAUAAAUAAUGCACAGGAGCUCAUGGAUUUCAGUAAGGGAGAGGAGGAUAUGAUGGAGGCUCAGGUCAAGGCAAUCAAGGAGGCUGGCGCCAGUGUGGUGGUAACUGGAGGAAAAGUGGCUGACAUGGCGCUGCACUAUGCCAACAAGUACAAGCUCAUGGUGGUCAGGCUUAACUCUAAGUGGGACCUCAGGAGGUUGUGCAAAACUGUAGGAGCUGUAGCCCUGCCCAGGAUGAUGGCUCCUACUCCUGAGGAGAUGGGACACUGUGACAGUGUCUACCUGACAGAGGUGGGGGACACUCAGGUGGUGGUCUUCAAACACGAAAAAGAGGAUGGUGCCAUCUCAACAGUGGUGAUCAGAGGAUCCACUGACAACCUCAUGGAUGAUAUUGAGAGAGCUGUAGAUGAUGGAGUCAACACCUUCAAGGUUCUGGUCCGGGACAAACGACUGGUACCUGGAGCAGGAGCCACAGAGAUUGAGCUGGCCAGACAGAUCACCUCCUAUGGAGAGUCCUGCCCAGGCCUGGAGCAGUACUCCAUUAAAAAGUAUGGUGAAGCCUUUGAGAUACUGCCACGUGCACUGGCUGAGAACUCUGGUGUGAAGGGGAAUGAGCUUAUUUCUAAACUGUACUCUGCACAUCAUGAGGGAAACAAAACCAUGGGCUUCGACAUUGAGGGAGACGGCCCUGCUCUAAAGGACAUGCUUGAAGUCGGCAUUCUGGAGCCUUAUCUGGUCAAAUACUGGGGCAUCAAACUGGCCACCAAUGCUGCCAUCACAGUACUGAGGGUUGAUCAGAUAAUCAUGGCCAAACCAGCCGGGGGGCCUAGAGCUCCCCAGGGCAAGAAGGACUUCGAUGAAGAUGACUGAACCUCAUGUUUUUCAGCUGAUGCUCUUUAAAGCCCGAACGCUCCCUCAUGGAUUCAUAAACCUGUUUUCUACCUGUGUAUUUAAAGCUCAACAGUUUGGCUGAUUUUGUGGGAAUGACCACACAUUGGUUGGCAAAGAUAUAUGUGACAGUAAAAUGUAUGGACGGCACCGUUUGCUUUUUAUGUUACUAGUCCCAAAUAAAAGACACUUGCGUUGUCA